CAAUCUGGGCACUUCUAGCUCGCAUCAAAUCAUCAAGUUUCAAAUUCAACUGCAGCUUGGCUUCGUUUCGCUCCGCUUCGUGCGAUCAGUUUUCGUCGAAGUUGUACCCAAUCCCAGCAACAUUUGAUUUUAAAAUUGUGUAUUAACUAAACAGCUUCAGUUCACAAGCUAAUCCAUUUCGAAACAAGAAACACGCGCUUGCAAUAUAAUAAAAACGCGCUCCAAAGAACAAGUGAAAAAAGCGAUCAAGCGUCUGCUCCUUUGUGUUACUAGUGUUUCUAUAGUUAAAAAACAUACCUUUCAAGAUGGUGGGCACAACUCUGAAAAUGCGAGGCGAUGAGAACGCCUCGGAGAAUUUAAACCAAGUGCAACUUAAGAAAUUGACAGCACCUUCGCAGGAGGUGAAUACAAAACGCGCCGCUUUAGGCGACCUACAAAAUCGUGGUUUAAACCGCGCCAAUGGCGAAACUAAGGAUCUUAAGUUGGCAAAUGCCUUGCGGAAUGCCAAGGCUCGCGUGGACACGCACUGGAAGAAGGAGCCACUCGGCACCACCACCAAUGGAGCUUCAAAAGCCACUGCCGUUUUGCGUUCAAAUUCGGUUCGCAACCCAAUUGCGGUGAAAUCUGCUGUCGAACCCGCCAAGGUCAAGGCUAGCUCUAAUGAAAACGUAAAUGAGCCCACUUUAAAGCGCGAGGAUAGCAAUCUAUCCAAGAAAUCGCUGACCAAGUUACGUGCCGCCUUGGGCAAGCCAGUGAUGGGUGUUUCUGGAAUUCGUCGGGAGCCUGUGGCAGCUGCUGCUGUUAAGAAGGAACCUGAAGCCAAGAAGGAAUCCGGUGUGUUGGCCUUCCUCAAGGGUCCGGCUAUCACAAGCUCAGCCAAAGCUCCUACUGCUACCACAAUUCCCACCGCCACUAUGUCGCUAUCGACCAAGAGAUUGGAAGGCGUAGAGGAUAUCGACGCGAAUGACAAAGAGAACUUGGUUCUGGUCUCUGAAUAUGUAAACGAUAUCUAUGACUAUUUGUACCAGGUGGAAAAGGAGCAGCCCAUCUUCAAGGAUCACUUGGCCGGCCAGAAGGAGGUGUCUCACAAAAUGCGAGCUGUGUUGAUUGACUGGAUCAACGAGGUUCACCUUCAGUUCCAUCUGGCCGCAGAGACCUUCCAGCUGGCUGUGGCCAUCAUCGAUCGUUACCUGCAGGUGGUCAAGGAUACAAAACGCACCUAUUUGCAGUUAGUGGGGGUCACAGCCCUCUUUAUAGCCACCAAGUACGAGGAGCUGUUCCCACCGGCAAUCGGAGAUUUUGUCUUCAUCACCGAUGACACCUACACGGGCCGCCAGAUCCGUCAGAUGGAGCUGCAGAUCUUCAAGGCCAUCGACUGCAACUUGUCGCGACCGCUGCCAAUCCACUUCCUGCGUCGCUACUCGAAAGCCGCCGCCGCAGAAGAUGAGCACCAUGCCAUGGCCAAGUACUUUAUCGAGUUGGCUGCCGUGGACUAUGAUCUUGCUAGCUACAGGCCCUCGGAGAUUGCCGCCGCCUCUCUGUUUUUGUCGCUGCACUUGCUGAAUGGAAACUACCGGGCUGCAACAGGAUUUAACGACCGUCAUUGGACGGCCACUCUGGCCUUCUACUCGCGGUACUCUGCCGCCCAUUUGCGACCCAUCACCAGGCAAAUUGCGAAGCUGGCCCGGGACGCACCACAGGCCAAGCUGAAGGCCAUUUACAACAAAUACCAGGGUAGCAAAUUCCAGAAGAUUGCGUUGCGACCAGAGUUGAGCGGCCCGCUGCUAGACUCCAUCAUAGGCCAGAGCCUGCGGAAGUAGUCUGGCAACAACCAGACUGCCACAACACACCAGACCACGUAGUUUAGUUUAAUUUGUUUUCAUUUUUAAAUUUGUAGCGUAUUCCGUAUUCUGUUCGUUUCGUGUUCGUUACAAUUGUGAAAUACCCGUAGUCGUAAUCAUCAUCACCUACAACAUCUCGUAAAUAAUCAUCGCAAUCUGCUGGAGUCCCUCGAAUGCAGUAUUCCCUCCGCUGCCAGGGGCUAGCUCCAGCCCCUUGGUCCCAGUGCAUAAGUGGCUCGUGAACUGGCCAUUGGUAGCGAGUCUUUCCAUCCGGAAAGAUUGACUGGAAGCAGGAGACUGAAUGCCCGCCUGUUCCUCCCGCUGGGGCAAUUUCUCAGUGAGGAGUGAGUGGCGGAGCUGUGGACACCGAGAGAGAGUGGGCAACGAGUUCAUUUGCUGGCCGAACAUAUCGGCGUUGUCUCUCCAAGCACUAUAUUUAUAUAUUCCAAACAACUACACGUAUUUGUAUUUUUAGUUAUUAAUUUCAAUGGGAAAUUGUUCGUUCUACGUUCUAAGAAUAAAUCCAAAACUUGUGCAAAAUAAUAUUCACAUAACUCCCAAAAAUAA